UUUUAACGACCGCGCAGCGUUCAUACUGAAUUGUUGGGUUUGAAGUGUGGAACUCCCUUUUUCAGGAAUUGAGACAGGACUUGGCGGUACCGCAGAAAAUGGCCGGAAACAAGGGCUACAUCAAUCUGCCCUGGCAGCAGCACAGGCACGGAGCCCGAUACGAUCGCCCGUUUCCGGCGAUGAGCCGGCCGGAAUGCAUCGGCGUCUGCAGCAUCGACGCUCGCCGGGAUUAUGUGGACGACGCCAGUGGCGCCAGCUACUUGAUGGAGCCACCCUGGCCCCGACUGCCCAUCGAUCUGAAUGCGGGCAUUGAGAACGUGAUCCGCAAGCCGACGGACCACGCGACCAAGGAUCUGGAAUUCGUGCUGCUCUACAUUCAGCGGCACAAGGAGCAGCUGCUUCGCAAGCGGCCGUCCCAACCGGGCAGUCUGGGCCUCCAGACGGACUUCAUCACGUUGCGCGGCAUUCUGCGGCAGAUCAUGUGCAUGCAGUACGAGUGGAAACGGGUGUUUCGCAUCAAGGCGACGCUCCUCAACGGCAACAUCUACCUGGCCAAGGAGGAUACGGAGGAGCAGCGCCUGGAAAACGAGAACAUGACGGAGGCCCAGCUGAACAUGUGCUCCUGGGGCUUCAAGUUUGAGCAGUGCGUCACAAGUGCCCAGCCGGGGGGCAAGCCGGUGACCAAUGAGCCGGUCAACGAGGCGGAGGAGUUCAUGGGCAUGUUCCGUGGUCAGCUGGCCGGAUUGAAGCUCCUAUACGGCGCCGAAUUGGACUGCGUUGUUAGCCAGGAGCCAGUUGACUUUAAAGAUCCCGCGGUGCUGGACUCCCUGAAAUUCGUGGAACUGAAGACCAGCGCCUACAACAUGAACCAUAACCAAAUGCGCAGCUUUGAGCAUUACAAAUCGGCCAACUGGUGGAGUCAGUCGUUCCUGGUGAACAUCCAAACUAUCUUCGCGGGACUGCGGGACGCCAAAGGCCUGGUGCAGAAGAUCGAGGAGAUCGAUGUUCGCACACUGGCCCGCAGCAAGCCGUGGAAUCCGUCAGCCAUGGCCUGGUUCCUGGAGCAGUUCCUGCGCCAGCUGAAAGAGCUGCUGGUGGCCAUUGACGAUCCGUUUGCCGUGGUACAGGUGGAUUUCCGGGAGCGGCGUGCCUACUACGAAGUGUUGCGCGGCCCGGAGCACCAAAUACUGCCUGACUGGUAUCGUAAUCUUCUCCAGACAGGAUGAAUAAGCCAAGAUUAUUAAAUGUAUUUGAAACGUAAAAGCUGGAGCAUAGCAUUUGUUUAUAAACUACCAAUGGAUAUGUAAAACAUUGAGGCAUUUACAAAAUCCAAACCGGAGUAAAACAUGUUUCUAAAAUUAACAAUUAAA